UGUCGCAUCUGUAUCGCCUUAUAAAUAUCAGCGCAACCGCGCGCCGGACCUCUUUUCCACAGUGUUGAUUCAGGGGGAUCUUAUCGGGUUAUUUUUGUGAGCUAACUCUAAAUUCAGAAUGCCGGAGACAUCAAAAAUGAAUGGAUAUGCAAAAACAAAUGGACACAGUUUUGAUAUGGAAGAUGGCUCAGUAUUUUUAUUCACAUCAGAAUCUGUCGGCGAGGGACAUCCAGAUAAAAUGUGCGAUCAAAUAAGUGAUGCUAUAUUAGACGCACAUCUCAGGCAAGAUCCUGACGCAAAAGUUGCAUGUGAAACCGUAACAAAAACGGGAAUGGUCCUGUUAUGCGGUGAAAUAACUUCAAAAGCAAAUGUUGACUACCAAAAGGUUGUAAGAGAGACAGUAAAACACAUUGGUUACGAUGACUCUUCCAAAGGGUUUGAUUACAAGACAUGCAGUGUGAUGCUAUCAUUAGACCAGCAGUCACCAAACAUUGCCGCUGGGGUGCAUGAAAACAGGAAUGAGGAAGAAGUAGGAGCCGGAGACCAGGGUUUGAUGUUCGGCUAUGCUACUGACGAAACUGAAGAAUGCAUGCCCCUCACAGUUGUGCUCGCACACAGACUCAACCAGAAGAUUGCAGAGUUGAGGCGAAAUGGAGAAUUUUGGUGGGCUCGUCCUGACUCCAAAACACAGGUCACAUGUGAGUAUCAUUUCGUCGGAGGAGCUACGGUACCACAGAGAGUGCACACUGUCGUUGUUUCUCUUCAGCAUUCUGAGAAGAUAACACUAGAAACUCUACGAGACGAGAUUAAAGAGAAAGUAAUCAAAGAAGUUAUUCCGGCACAAUAUCUCGAUGAAAAAACUGUGAUACAUAUCAAUCCUUGCGGACUCUUCAUUAUCGGGGGCCCACAGUCCGACGCUGGUUUGACCGGACGCAAGAUCAUCGUGGACACGUACGGUGGAUGGGGCGCGCACGGCGGCGGCGCCUUCUCCGGCAAAGACUUCACCAAAGUGGACCGGUCCGCCGCGUACGCCGCGCGCUGGGUCGCCAAGUCGCUAGUGCGCGCGGGACUCUGCCGCCGCUGCAUGGUGCAGGUGUCAUACGCUAUCGGUGUAGCGGAGCCACUAUCUAUCUCCGUGUUCGACUACGGCACCUCGCACAAAACGCAGCAAGAAUUACUGGCGAUAGUGAGACGCAACUUCGAUCUGCGCCCCGGAAAGAUCGUCAAGGAGCUGAAUCUCCGAGCACCCAUAUACCAAAAGACGAGUACAUACGGUCACUUUGGCCGCGAGGGCUUCCCAUGGGAGAAUCCGAGGCCGCUGUUUGAAUGACUUGAAACAUAUUAAACUAGUUCAUUGUAAAUAUUCCACGAGUAUAUCCUAAUACAACUUAGUCUACGUGUGUCUUUGUAGCGAGAGGGCGCGGAAUGUUACCGCAGACUCCCUUAUUAUAGACUAUAAAAUGUUUACAUUGCUCGGGUUUUGUCGUGAAACUUGUAUCGAUGAGCUUAAGCUCGGUUACAUUGGCGGGAUUCAAUGUAUAAUUUUUAAGUAUUCACUAUAAUUAGACACGUAGGUUUAUUCGCGGUGCCGUCAUUGCUGAAUUUUGAGUUAGUUCGGGGUAUCAAAUGGCAGUUCUAUCAUUUAAGACGGGAACUUUGAGCCAUGAAUUGAUUAUGUGAUGAUUAUUAUACUGCCUAUACAUUUUUUUUUAUUAUUAGUAUGAAUUAUCCAGUGUUUUAGUUAUUAUUGUUAUUGUUUUUAAUGACAAGUUUACAUUGUGAACGCCUUAAACGAUGGACUGCCAAUAAUAAUCUCGAAUUGUUCGUUUGUGAGCUUUAUGAAAUAAGUGCUAUGAUUUGUUUGGUAGAGUCGACUACUUCCUUGGUCGCGUCACAGUCUAGCGAAGGGGAGGGGAACAUAUGGUUCCUCUGUUUAUCGCUCACUGCAAAUAAAGUGAUGCGUCAGUGGCGUUCAUACAUUCUUCCUAUUUUAGUUGUGAUAAGUGUCAGUGAGUUGCCUCGUUAUUAAUAAAAUAUUAAAUGUCGUCGCUCACACAUCACGAUUUGUGUUGUGUUUCCGAAAAGGAAUGACGUGGAAAAGAGCCAUUUUGAAAACACACCGACUCGGUCAGGGCAGUAGUGUACUGUGCAUUUAUCCAAUAGUAAAUAUUGUAAUUCCGCCGGUAGAUUUAACGCUAACCGCGUACAUUUAUGACAUUAGAAAUUAAAUUAGAAUUUUAAUCUUAUUACUGGUAGGGCGGUUAGUAAUAAAUUCGACUAUAUUUUUCGAUAUAUUCGUUUGUGACCUGUUAAGUUUUCUGAUUAACUUCUGUGGAUUAUCAAUUUGUCAGAUUGUGUCAUUUUUAAACUAAUAAAUAAUGUUCCCGGUUAUUACGGGCUGUAAAGUUUGUUUCCUUUUUAUCUCAUUUUUAAUUACGUUUUCCUACUUCUUUACUAGAAAAGUGCUAGGGAGCUGGUUUCGUGUUUGCCGGUUACCCGUUAUAGCAAUUA